AUGGAACGUGGGCCUCUUCAAUGGUUGUACAGACAAUAUAAAAUUCCAUUUAUGAAGGUUUUUCUGAACGUGCUGAGUCUCUUUGCUCUCCUGACUGCAUAUGCUUAUAUGCUUCUGUUUGAUUUUGCAAAAGGAAUAUCUAACACAGAUGUAUUUCUUAUUGCCUGGAUGACUAGCUUUUUUAUUGAAGAAACAAAACAGGUGUUUGUCGCUGUAAAAAGGCAAAGGAAAAAGCAGUAUAUUACGGACCCUUGGAACAUUCUUGACUGGUUGUCUAUGAUUACGUACAUAUGCGGCAUGCUGAUGAAACUUGAAGAUACGAAUGACUACUUUACUGCAUCAAAAGUUCUGCUAGUUGCAGCCUUCAUCAUGUUCAGUAUAAGGAUACUUCAUAUGUUUUCCAUGUCCGAGUUGCUGGGUCCAAAGUUGGUUAUCAUCCAAAAAAUGUUUAAUGACACAAUUGCUUUUAUGGCAAUCAUGUUUGUUAUCUCCAUGUGCUAUAACAUCUCAUACUAUGCCAUUCUAUAUUCUGAAAACUCCGAAUUUACUUUUGAACAACUGGAGAAAAUUACGAGAAACGGAUACUGGAUGUUAUUUGGGGAGCUGAAUUUGGAAGGAGAUAGAUUGACGGAACCUGAGUGCACAUUUAACCAAACUGAGUAUAGAGAAGGGUCAAAAGAAAGAUGUCCUUCAUCACUUGGGAGGUUUUUGGCUCCUUAUCUAAAAGCUGUUUACGUGCUCAUUGCAGUCAUACUGCUUUUAAAUUUGCUGAUCGCCAUGUACAGUAAUACGUUUGCUGAAGUACACGAGAAGUCAAAAUUCUAUUGGUCUCAACUUCAAACGGAUUUUUUGGAAGAGUUCAGUUUGAAAAGUAUUUUUCCUGUACACAUGCAACUAAUCGCGAUCCCAUUCUUUGUCAUCCAUGCCUUUGUGUGGUUAGUGAGGUCCUUACCUCGAUGUAGGACUGUCAAAUGCUGUGAUGCUUCGGUUCAUGCCAAAGAUGACAGUACUAUUCUCCACCACGCACCAUAUACACAUGAAGAUGAUAUAAAAAAGUUUAACAAAAUUCCUAUGUUUGUAAGAGCUUACAUGAGCUGA